AGUGUGUAAUAUCCUUGUUAAAACCGGGGGUUACGAAAAAAAAUCCCCGAACAUAACCUAACCUAACUUUUCUAUGAAUUAUGAAUGUUACUUUUUUUCGAUUUUUAUUUUUAUUUUUUCAAUUUGAAAAGCAGAAUGAAAUUUUUACGAUUUACGAGAACGAUUUUAUUUUUGGGAAUAAUUAAACUGGUUGUGGAAGUGAGAGGAUUCUCAUCCGAAAUUCUGGUGCUUUUCGGUGAUAAAAAUUGCAUUGCUGGCAGUCUGAGUUCUACGGAUAUUAAUAAAGAAGUACAAGAAAUUAAAAAAGAUGAUUUAGUCAACGAUAUGACUUUUGGUAAUUUAGACGGAGAGAAAUCAACUAUGAGCAACAUUAAUGAAUUGGCACAGUACAACGAUAUUAGUUAUUCCUACGAGUUGCUUCAAGAAGACGGUCCACCUCAUAGUAAAACCUUCACAAUAGCGCUUUACCUGGGCGACGAAACCUACAAAAGCGACGGUAAAAGUUUUAAAAAAGCCCAACAAUCAGCAGCCAGUUUGGCUGUAAAGAGUACCAAAUAUGAACAUCCACCAGUAAAGUUCAAAGAAAACGAAAAAACUCCUACUCCUACGGUGGUGCUCAAUAAUUUGGCAUCAAAAUUAGGCUUGGCUGUUGAAUAUAGUUUGAUAACUGAUGAUUUAUUGGCAAAUCUAAACAAGCAAAAAAUCAUUGACCAACCACAUUCAGGAAAAUCUUACCUACAAAAACUAAACGAAACGGUUCACUCUAAUGAUACUGCACACGUCAGGAAAGAUGGCGGAGAUCCUAAGGGCCCGUUUACAAUCAGAGUUGAUGUGAACGGGGCUCAAUUUUACGGGGAAGCCCACAGUAUACAGAAUGCUAAACAUGAAGCUGCUCUGAAAGCUUUACAGGCAUUGAAAGACGAUAAAAACGCCUUCAGUUGUCUUGAACAAGACGAUAAUUGCAAAUCGAACAAAAACCGACUAACUAAAUCGCCGAUAACUUUAGUGCACGAGGCGGCCCAAAAACGAAAUUUUCAAGUCGUUUUUGAUAUUGUAGACGAAAUUGGACCUUCCCAUAAAAAAUUAUUUACUGCUAAAUGUUCGGUGGACGAUUUAGAGGCAACUGGACAAGGAAAAUCGAAAAAGGAAGCGAAGAAAAAUGCCGCAGAAAACAUUCUGCCGUCGUUAUUGUUAAAAACGAGUAAUAGUUUGGAAAAAAUCACAAAUAAUCAACCGAAAAAUAAUAAUAAAUGGAAAAAGAAGAAAAAAAACAAAGUUAUUAAAAAUUCUUUGGACAAAAUCGAUCGGUUGAUUGAUAAUGUAAUGGAUUUUGUCAGUUCAAUUGGAAAAGGAGAAAAUGAUAAUGCUAAGAAGCCUAAAGAUGACAAAAAAUCGCCCACAAAUGAACUACUGGGACUUGGAAAAGUUUUAAAUUUACAAAUUAAAUUUAAAGAUUUCAAUACUAAUAAUGAAAAUAAAGCUACUUAUUAUUCUGUAGUAGAAUUGGGACUAAAAUCGCCUUCUAUUAUUUGUUUAGGUGAAGGAGUCAAUCAGAAAAACGCAAAAGACCUAGCUUCAAAAUAUGCGUUGAAUGCUUUAUUUAAAUUGGGAUUUUUGGACAGUUUUCUAGAUAAAUCCGGUUCUGUUUCAGAUAAAGAGGAAGAGUUCCAAAAGGUUUGGUUGAAUGUUGUGGAACGCAACGAAAAAGAUGAGUUGUGAAUUUGUCUACAAAAUAAUUUUAUUUGACAAUAUUUUUAUAUAUUUCUUUUUCUUUUUUGAGUAACUUAAAUCGAAUAUACAAAAACU